GUAUGCAUGCAGGAAGGCUACGUGCCCUUCAUCCCGAUAGGCACCCAGACUGCACAGGCCAACUCCAGCGGCAAAAUGGUGAAAAUUACUGUUGUCAAGACCAGCGCCUAUACCGACCAAAAGCCUGGAACCAGUGGCCUGCGGAAAAGGGUGACCGUGUUCCAGCGAAAUCAACAUUACGCGGAGAAUUUCAUCCAAAGUAUCAUUUCUGCUGUCGACCCCUCUCAGAGGCAAGAGGGCACGCUCGUAGUGGGGGGAGACGGCCGCUUUUUCAUGAAAGAUGCCAUUCAGCUGAUCGUCCAGAUCGCUGCGGCCAACGGGAUUGGCAGGCUAGUCAUUGGUCAGAAUGGGAUCAUGUCUACGCCCGCAGUGUCCUGUGUAAUACGCAAAAUCAAAGCCAUCGGUGGGAUCAUUCUGACAGCCAGCCACAACCCUGGUGGUCCCAGUGGAGACUUUGGCAUCAAGUAUAACAUCUCCAAUGGAGGACCUGCACCAGAAGGCAUCACUGAUAAAAUCUUUCAGAUCAGCAAAAGCAUCCAAGAAUACCACAUCUGCCCAGAGCUCAAAGUGGAUUUGUGCGCCAUUGGUAAACAGACCUUUGAGGUGGACACUUUCAAGCCUUUUACAGUUGAGAUUGUGGACUCAGUGGAGUCAUAUGCAGAGAUGCUCAGAGACAUCUUUGACUUUGCUGCUCUGAAGGAGUUGCUCUCUGGACCUAAUCACAUUAGUGUACGGUUGGAUGCAAUGCACGGAGUGGUAGGCCCUUAUGUGAAGAAGAUUGUGUGUGACGAGUUGGGUUCCCCUGCCAACUCUGCGGUUAACUGUGUCCCCUCUGAGGACUUCGGGGGUCACCACCCUGACCCUAAUCUGACCUAUGCUGCUGACCUGGUCAGCACUAUGAAGGGAGGUGAAUAUGACUUUGGAGCAGCUUUUGAUGGUGAUGGUGAUCGGAAUAUGAUCCUGGGUAAGCACGGAUUCUUCGUAAAUCCUUCCGACUCUGUAGCUGUAAUUGGUGCCAACAUCACCUGCAUCCCAUACUUCCAGAAGACUGGUGUUAAAGGGCUAGCACGAAGUAUGCCUACCAGUGGUGCCCUGGACAAUGUGGCCAAAGCUUUGAAGAUGCAGCUGUAUGAAACGCCCACAGGCUGGAAGUUCUUUGGUAACCUUAUGGAUGCGGGCAAACUGUCUCUGUGCGGAGAGGAGAGCUUUGGCACUGGCUCUGAUCAUAUCAGGGAGAAAGACGGCCUAUGGGCCGUGCUUGCCUGGCUGUCGAUUCUGGCCAGCCGUAAACAGAGUGUGGAAGACGUCAUGAAAGAACACUGGCAGAAGUUUGGCAGGAACUUCUUCACGAGGUAUGACUAUGAGGAGGUCGACUCGGAUGCGGCCAAUAAGAUGAUUGCGGACCUGCAACAGAUCAUGUUUGAUAAAGCCUUCAUUGGGCAGACGUUCUCCUCUGGGGACAAGACGUAUAAGGUGGAGAAGGCUGAUAACUUUGAGUAUACAGACCCAGUGGACGGUAGUGUCUCAAAGGGACAGGGACUGCGGAUCAUCUUUAGCGAUGGUUCCCGUAUCAUCUUUCGUCUUAGUGGGACAGGCAGUGCUGGUGCAACCAUCAGACUAUACAUAGACAGCUUUGAGAAUGACCCUCAGAAGAUCUAUCAGGAUCCACAGGUCAUGUUGGCUCCUUUGGUAGACAUUGCCCUGAGGAUCUCGCAGCUUCAGGAGAAGACAGGACGCAAUGGCCCUACUGUGAUCACAUAAUGAGCUCCGAGCCCUCACUCAGCACACGUGUCUAGCUCUCCCUUCUGUUCUCUCAGAGUCUUGCUCUGUUCUUAGAUGCUGGCCCCAUACACCGUGGCCACUGCCAGCACGUUUGUUCCAUGAGUCCCCGGUAUAUCUCAUUUCACCUUUGGUGUGCUCCACAGAUUCAAUAGAAAGUCUGUUCAUGUCUCUAUUCAUGAAGUCAUUAGACCAGAGUAAUAUGCAGCUUGUGUUGGUGUAUAGAUGUUUGAAAAUAGUGGAAGGUCCCUAUUAAAGCCACCUGCUAUACCUUUUUUCCUUCUGGGGUGUGUUUUUUUUGUUUGUUUGUUUGUUUUUUGUUUUUUUAACAAUCAAAUAUCUAUACACUGAAACAGUGUUGUUUUCUCAGUGGAUAAUUGUACAUAGGAAUAACAAUAGCACCUCCUAAAUGGAUGUUUAUUAUACAUGUAGGCCUACACUGUCUGUUAAAUGUUUGGAGAAACCUUGUUUUUUUUUUAUUCUCUGAAUUGUUUCUCCAGUGAGUUUGUUAACGGUGGCUAGUUAAUAAUUAAUGUGUUGGGCUUUUUUGCAACACUCAGCUUCAUGUUCAAAGUGGUAUAGUAUGAGGAAUAUAUUUCAGUAAUAGCAGUUGGCAGUUGUCAUUUUCCAAAUUCCAAAAACAUGGACUGGAAUAUUUUAAGUAUCUCUGAGGAAUGUCUGGGAAAUACUAAGGGAGGUGUUUUAACUCAUACUUUAUUAUUUUCCUACCCAAGUCAUUUUCUCAUAUUUUCUUCAACCUGGUUCAUUUGUACCAGGGAAACAUAUUACAAGCUGACACAGUACUGUCGCUAUCUUAAACAUUUUAAGACUCUAGAUGUCCCCAGUCUUAGGAUGAGCUAUGAGGGAGAUUAGAGAGCUGUAAACUUCACUUGCUACACAUGAGUGUUUGCACAGAGUGCUGAGCUUUGCAAAUAGCAUUCUUAUAGGACACCAGCCACUAGUUGAAAGUCUGAUGAAUAUUUGGUGAAAAAAAAACAAGUGGAAGCCAUUAAGUAAAGGACUGGCCUAGAAAUUGCUGCAAAACAUGACUAGUAUGAUUGCCAUGCCACUGUACAUUGUAAUCCUUAUGUUUUAAUGUCAGUCCUCUUAAUGAAAGAAAUGCAUACAUAUA